AUGUGCAUCUACACCACCCCGACGACUUGGGCCUGCGACCACACGACUGGCACCACCCAAUUCGAGAGCCUCUGCGACCACAAAUCCUAUCUGCGGAAGAACAGCAUGCCGUUCGAGAGAUGCUCACCACCUACCGGACCAGCCAAAAUGAGCAGCACAGCCUUCUGCGAAGCAUGUACCGGCCUGCUCGGAUGGUGCAAAGGCCUACUCCCGGCAAGCAUGAUCGUCGGCCAGAAAGCUUUCCACACCGUCGGCACCGAAGCAGCGACCAAGCACAUCGGCAAAGGCUUCGGAAAGCUAGCGAAGCAAGCAGCCAAAGACCGCCAGGAGGAAGCUGAACACGAGGAAGCCGUAACAGCCGUCAAAGCGCAGAUGAAGAAGGACAUCAAAGAGCUCGAACAGACGCAGAAGCGCAACAAGGACUUGUGGCCGGAGAGUCCGGAUGUGCAGGAGGGUGCGAGACUGCUCCCGCAGAGCGUCGAGAACGUGACUGCGAGGGCUUCCAGGACGAUUGCUGAGAUGAAGGUGGCGCGUCAAAGGCGCUUGGCGGAGAAGGCGCAACGCGCGAUACGGAAGGAGGAGAAGGACGAGCGCAUGGAUUGGUGGUGCAAGUGGCGAUUGCCUGAGAUACGGAACUCGGGUGGGCGGAGGAGGUCGAGUGAUGUUGGCGAUGGGUUCGGUGGGUGUGCUGAGGGUGGUGCGGAAGAAGGGGAGGACGAGGUGGUGGUGGAGCGGGAGGGGUUUCGAGAGCCUUUUCCGCUGUUCCUGCCGGUUCCGGCUUUGGGAGCUGGUGAGGAAGGCACCAUCGAGAGUUCUUUCCAAGAGUAUAGUCGCCGACAUGGGGACCGCAAUGCUGCGCAAGAAGGUUCUUACAGCCAGCAGCCAGACGCCGAGAGGUGGGCUUCGUUUCCGUAUGGACGGGAGCAGCAUGCUGAAGAGCAGCAAGCGUACGGGUCAGAGGUGGCGUGGCAGGAGGCAGAGGCGGCAUGGCAGGCGGCGGGAGGUUCUUGGCAGGGGUGUGAGAUGUAUCAACAGCACGGUGGCGCAUACCAGUAUCGGGAUGGGGCGAAUAUGCUGCAGGGUGGGCUGUAUCAUGCGCAGCACGGCGGCGCGUACCAGUACCAGAACGAGUCGGACAAUCUGCAGGGUGCGAUGUACCCACAACAGAGAGAGUGGGGAGUUCCGCAGGGCAUAACGAUCCCAGAGCACGAUGGCUUGUACGGACAGCAGCAGGAGGAGCUGUACCAGCGGCAAGAUUGGGCUGCGCAGCAGCAGGCGCGGAUGGAAUUGGAUGCCAGCGUAAGGGAGUACCGGCGGGCGGAGAGGCGGAUGAGAGGCUUGGAUACCACACGCCAGCAGCGCGGUUUCGAGAGUGAUCCGGAGGCGUUCUUGGAGCAGCAGGAUACGCAUGGCUCGCAGCCUUGA